GAGAGAGAGUGCUUUCAUGCUUUCGGUUUCAAGUUUGGCUCUGGCGCUGCCGGCUGCGCAGUCGCCUCGGCCCCAAUUCGUGGGGCUUUUAUUUUGAGCGUCUUGAGCGUUGAGCGCUGUGGAGCUCUGGUGGGGUUUUGCGUUUGCUUUUACCCUUCCUCGUCUGCGCUGCUGCUGCUGCGGCGGCUGCUUUCCUCUGCUUUUCUCUGCUGAUGGUCUGCGCGCGAAGCUGCGUUGCAUGGCACUGGCGACGCGCGCGUUCACUCAACGUUCGCAGUCCGGCGGCACCGGUUCGGUUUCACGGCUCUCCACCAAAAAAAAAACAAAAAAACUGAAAACCAAAAACCCAAACCGAAACAAAAUAAAUUCAACCAUCCAGCCCCCCCUCACUCACCCGCUCGUCCGCUCACUCACACACCAAUACAAAUACAAGCCGAAAAGCCAUAAAAAAAAUACGUAUACGACGCGUGUCUUCGUCUUUAGCACGGCGCUUUCGAAUUCGUGCGAACUUGUGAACUUUCGUUUCCUUUAUUCGCCGUUAUUUUCUGACCAAAGGAGCAGGCCUACCUUCCUAAUAGCCACCACCCCCACCCACUUACCAGGAGAUCUCCACUGGAAUUAAAAAAUAUUAAAGUAUUGUGAAGUGUUUGACAAAGAAAAUGAUCUCAAAAAAGUGAAUUUUUGGCCAACAAAAAAUAAUAUAAAAUAUAUAUUAAAAUAAAGAUAUAUAUUGCCAAGCAGAAACAAGAAAAGUGCUUCAAAGUUUGCCCACAAAAAAGUAAUAAAUAUAUAUAUAUAAAUUCGAGAAAAAAACUCAUAAAAGUCUGUCAAAAGAACUAGAUCCUAAAAUGUAUAUUUUAUAUAUAUAACUUGACUUGAAAGAUAUAGAAAUUCUUAUCAAAAAUAAAACAGAUACCACGAAUACUUAAUCAGACGAUAAAUAAAUGCUAAUAAUAUUUCAAAUUUUUAUCAAAGAAAAAAGAAUUGGAUACUAUAUAGUAUAUAGAACCAAAAACAACAACAAUAACAGCAACUGUAGCUACGAUCAGGCUGACAAAUAGCAAAAACGCAUAGCAGAAAAAAAGAUAGAAAAAAAUAAAACAUUUUGUUUAGUUUUUUUUGUUGUUGUAGCCCGCCGUCAAGGUCAAACUUUUCUCAUUCAAAAGCGGCGGGCAGCGAGAACGGAACCCCUUUAACAAAACGACGGCCCAGCCCCACAGACAACCACACACUCAUAUUUACAAAGAUACAAAGAUACACAGAUAGAUAGAUAGAAAAUGAAACAAAACGACGCUCAGUACGCGGAAUAGUUGACAACAAAUUAAAGCAACAACAACAGCAAAGCGUAAUAAUAGAAAAAGCAAACAAAACAAACAAUAGAAAAAAAUUGCAAAUGCAAAAAAAUAAAAAAUAAAAAAGAAAAAUAAAAAACUAAGCUAAAGCAUUCUGAGUAUUUUUUGUUUCGAGGUAUUGGUGAGUGUAAGCUCGCUCGCAAAGCUGCUCUCGUUCUAGCCACUAUAGUUGUUGCUAUUGUUGUUGUUUUGGGCUAAUGUUGCUGCUGUGCGGGGGUGAUCGAGCAAUUAGAAUCAGCAGCAGCAGCAACAGCAACAGCAACAGCAGCAGCAGCAGCAACAGCAGCAGCAGUAACAGCGCGUGCGAUAAAAGCUUUUGCAAACUGCUACUAUUUUGAAUCCGAUUCGCAUUUCAAAUUUUGUUGUUAAUUAAGUCGACAGACAGGCAGAAAAAAAAAACAAGAAACAGUGACGUGCAACAUGGACUACUGAGUGAUAUAUGCAAUAAGUAACUUGCAAUUGAAACGAAAGAGCCGAGCUAAUUGUGAUCUCAGCAAUGAGAAUGGACUAUCAAAUGCCGCCGCCAGCAUUGGCGCUACAACAACAGCAGCAGCAACAGCAACAGCACGGCCUGCAACAUCAACAAAAUCAACUGCAAUUGCUGCAGAAUGUGCAGCAGCAGCAACAGCAACAGCAGCAACACCAGCAGCAACAACUGCUAGGCAACAUGUCGCAGACAGCGGCCUUGCCACCGUUGAGCAGUUUGCCGUUGCAGGUGGUGCAUAAUCUGCCACAUUUGUUGGCUGGCAACAGCAACAAUGGCAGCAACAACAACAACAACACCAGCAACAACAAUCCCAAUCUCAAUGGCAAUUGCAACAACAAUCUGCUGCGCGGCAGCAUGCAACACCAGCAGCAGCAACAGCAACAGCAGCAGCAGCAACUGAUCAACAAUCUCAGCAACGGCAACAAUGUUGCAAAUGGCACUCUGCCACCGCCAACGCAAUUGUUGCAGCAUCACUUGCAGCAUUUGGCGCAUGUGAAUGUGAAUGCGGCAGCUGCAGUGGUUGCAGUGGCAGCCAACAACCUGCAACAGCAACAUGCGAACAGCAACAGCAGUGCCGGCAACAGUAACAACAGUAGCAACAAUAACAACAACACCAUACUCAAUCACAACAAUCUCAAUAUCAUAAUCAAUAACCAUGCCUCCCUCAACAACAACAACAACAAUAAUAGUAAUAAUAAUAACAACAACAACAACAAUCCAGCAACACCAAAUGCAAAUCUCACGGCAGCCAACAAUGCCACGCCCACAGUGAACACCGCCUCAACGGUGGCGCAGCAACAGCAGGCGCACGAGAAUAGUUUGGUCAACAGUCUAGUGGGUGUAAUCAACAAUACCAACAACAACAAUAAUAAUAACACAACAAACAACAAUAAUAAUAGCAACAAUAAUAAUAAUAAUAAUAACAAUAAUGGCGAUGACAACAAUCGCUGGACCCAGUUCCAGGUGCAACAACUGUGGAAGCAACACGCCAACUAUUUAAAUGGCAGGAAAUCACCAUUUUUGGGUUUCAUUUGCAAAGCAAACGGCAAAUCCACAUCGAAUAGCAAAGAAAUCAUCUGCCCGGAUGACAAGUACAAGGAGGAGGGCGACAUCUGGAAUGUCGAGGCGCAAACGGCGUUUCUUGGGCCCAAUCUGUGGGACAAGACCCUGCCCUACGAUGCCGACCUCAAGGUAACACAAUAUGCCGACCUAGACGAAUUCCUGUCGGAAAACAAUAUACCUGAUGGCCUACCCGGCACACACCUGGGCGGCCACUCGGGCGGCCUGGGUCACCGGUCCGAUUCCCUGGGACAUGCGGCGGGACUAUCGCUCGGCCUGGGCCACAUAACCACAAAGCGGGAGCGGUCGCCCUCGCCGUCCGACUGCAUCAGUCCGGACACCCUAAAUCCUCCAUCGCCGGCCGAGUCAACAUUUUCGUUCGCCUCCUCGGGCCGUGACUUUGAUCCGCGGACCCGAGCCUUCUCCGACGAGGAGCUCAAGCCGCAGCCGAUGAUCAAAAAGUCACGCAAGCAAUUUGUUCCAGAUGAGCUCAAGGACGACAAGUACUGGGCCCGCCGCCGGAAGAACAACAUUGCCGCCAAGCGAUCCCGCGAUGCCCGGCGCCAAAAGGAGAACCAGAUUGCGAUGCGUGCCCGCUAUUUGGAGAAGGAAAAUGCAACAUUACAUCAGGAGGUGGAGCAGUUGAAACAGGAGAACAUGGACUUGCGUGCACGUCUAUCGAAAUUCCAAGAUGUGUAAUGAUAAAUACAAUUUUGUGACUUGGCCUGAGGACACCACAACAAUUAAAUAAUAAUAACUAUUGAUAAAAUUACAAUAAUCGUAAUUAUGCUAAAACUACUAAUAAUGUUUAGUAAUGCAGACAUGAAAACCUACACUAUCUGAAUAUAUAUGCAAAGUAUAAUUAUUAAGCAAACACACACCCGCACACCCCUCACACACACACACACACACACACCCACACGCCCAGAAGGCGGUGUCGUUCUCCGGUUAAAUAUUUAUUUAAUUCUAACCCAGUAAAUUAACUAAAAAAAAAAAAAAACACUGGAAGAGAAAAGAAAAACAUGGAAACUAACAAAAAAAAGAAGACGAAACGUUUUUAAGAAUAGCCAAAAAAAAGAAAGUCUCACUGGCAGAGUCCCAAAAGCUCUGCAGCCGAAGCUUUUUGCCUUUAUCGUAGCAUUCUUCCGAGCGCAAUCAGAGAAUCCUAAAAAAAAAUUAAAAAACAAAAAAACAACACACGAACACACCUGUAGAACCCGAAACCUAGAAUUGUUAUCUUUUAAAUUGUUUGAUAGUUGUUUAGUCUAGUUUUACGCAACCUUUCUUCUAAUCACUCUUUCUUCUGCAACUUUCUACAUAAUUUUCGCCCUUAGUUCUUCCUAUUCUUAUACUUCUAUUACUUUUUUACCGCUUACGACUACUAUUUUAACAUUUAUUAAUUUUUUUGUAAUUAGUUUUCGGUUAAGUUUUGCUUUAGCGAUUAGAGAAAGGAAAACCACACACACAACAACUUCAUAUUGUAAAUAAUUUCGUUGCCUUUUUUUCAAAUUAACUCGAGAGGAGAAAUAUAAUAUAAUAAAAAUAAAAAGCAUCAAAAAAAUCUUGUAUAAAAAAUUGCAAAAUGAAAACCCACAAAAAAAAAAAAACAAACAUGAAAAAUGAAAAAAGAAACGCUAAGAGAAAACCAUUUAGAAAUGAGCAAAGAACUUCCCUCCUCAGUUGCCGGGCACUUGGCAGCUGGUUAGUUUAAGCGAGCUAUGAUUUUUAUAUAAACCUAAACACAAAAAAAAAGAUAUCAGAAAAUCCUAAAAAAAAUUAUCAGAAAAAACAAAACCUGACGGACAGACAAAGACAGAAAGGAUAAACUAGAAGUGAAAUAGUUUUCGUUGUUAAUUUGUUGAUACUAAAAUAACCGACCCAGAACUAACCCCAGACAUAGUCAGUCAUGGUUCGAGCAAGUGAACUUCUUUUUCUUACUAUUACUAACCUACCAACACGCCCCCUCAACAUCAACCCCUGCCUCUACUUUUCUUUCAAAUUUCUUUCCCUAUUUAGUUUGUAAAAAAUUUUAUUUGUUUAAUUUUUAUAACGAGAAAAAACAAACUAUUUCUUUUGGUGUGAUUUGCAAGAUCUUAAACAAACGAUAAAUAAAAAGUUUUUACAUAAUAUUAAUUAAGUAUGUUACUUUAAAACUUUUAAACCUAUUUGGCACUAGUUAAGUUAAAUAAUUAUUAUUAUUAUUAUUUGUUAUACAUUUGAGUUACACUUACCUGCAUACAAUUAUUUAGAUUUUAAGCAAAACCAACAAAUAUAUGAAAACAAGAGAAAAAGAAAAAAAAAGUAAUCACAGACCGAGAGAAAAAUUUAUAUUUUAUGUUCAGAAAUGAGAAUGGAAGCUAAUACUAAAAAAUGGAAAAGUUAAUUAAGUUCAUUAAGCACUUCUUCUUAACAAAUUUCAAUAAGUUUUAUUUAUUCUAUGGAAAAAUGUGCAAAACCAACAAAAACAAACAACAAACCUACAAAAACACAAAAGCAAAGAUUGAUGAUUGAGGCGAAUGAGAAUGAGUAACAAACAAAAAAAAAAUGAGAAAGCAAACAACAAACAUUUGUGUGUAAUAAUAAAAUCUAAGCGUUGCUUUUAAAUAUCGAAAA